AUGGACAAUGGAAGUCAUUCAGCAGUAACUGAAUUUGUCCUCCAAGGAAUAUCACAAAUAUGGGAGAUACAGCUAUUCUUUUGUGUUGUCCUGCUGCUCUUCUAUAUCCUCCUCCUCCCUGGGAAUAUUCUUAUAAUUGUGACAGUUCUGAAGAAUUCCUCUUUGGAAUCCCCCAUGUUUUUCUUUUUGGCUAACCUGGCCUUUCUAGACAUUAUCUACAGCUUUGUCACUCAUCCAAAGCUCAUUCUCAACAUUAUCUCUGGUUGCAGGACAAUCUCCUAUUCAGCCUGUAUCACUCAGAUAUUUUUCAUUCAUUUUCUAGGAGGAGCUGAGAUGUUCCUCCUCAUUGCCAUGGCUAUUGACCGGUACGUAGCCAUCUGCCAUCCAUUGCACUAUGCCACAGUGGUAACCAGAGUCACUUGCUGGGGUAUGGUAGUAGUUUCAUGGAUUGGAGGAUUCAUACAUUCCGUCAUCCAGGUCAUUCUCAUAAUUCCACUUCCAUUCUGUGGCCCCAAUAGGUUGGAUAACUUCUUUUGUGAUAUCACCCAGAUCAUCAGAUUGGCGUGCACCAAUACCUACACUCUAGAAUUCAUCAUGUUUGCUAGUAGUGGCCUAAUGAGCAUUGCAUGUUUCAUCUUCCUCCUCAUAUCCUAUGUGGCCCUGUUGUUGAAAGUAAGAAUGGGCUCCAGCCUAGGGAAAAGCAAAGCCUCCUCUACCUGUAUCACUCACAUCAUUAUCAUCCUCAUUAUGUUUGGUCCAGCCAUCUAUAUCUACUGCCACCCUUUCCAAGAAUACUCUUUUGACAAGGUCAUGGCCUUUUUUCACACUGUAGUCUUCCCUUUGAUGAACCCUGUUAUCUAUACCUUGAGGAACAAGGAGAUCCAAGGUGCCAUGUGCAGACUGCUCAAGAAUAUUAAAUUUAUCUAUUAA